AUGACGACCUGGUUCAGCUGCUCCUCCAGGAAGGCGGCGCGGGGCCAGCACGUGAAGCUGUUGUUCCCGGGUGGCCACGUCGAGCUGCUGGACCGCCCGACGCUGGCCGCGGACGUGAUGGCGCGGCACCCGCGGUUCUGCGUGGCGCGGCCCGACGUGUUCCGGGAGCCUGCGGCUGCCGGCGCGGUCGCCGCGCCGGACGCCGUCCUGCAGCUCGGGCACAAGUACUACGUCGUGCCGUGCCGCACCGUGCGGAGGCUGCAGAAGUACUCCGCCGCGUCAACCUCAACCUCAUCCUCCCGCAGCGGCGGCAGGCGCGGCGGCAGUAGCGGAGCCGCCGUGACGCUGAAGCGGCACCUCGCCAGCGAGAGGGGGCACAAGGUCGGCGGCAGGAGGUGGUUCCGGUGCCUUGUGGGUGGCAGCGGCGGCGGAGCCCAGGCGCAGUCGCAGUCGCAGUCGCAGAGGCCCCGUGAAAACGUCGGCCACAGCGGCAAAGCCGAGACGGUGAGGACGAGGAGGAAGCUAGACGUGAAAGAAACCAAUAAGGAGAGCGGGAAGGCGCCCGGUGGAGGGUCGCCGGGAAGGCGGCGGCGGCGAGGCCCCUCGCCGGGUAACUCGGCGUCCUAUUCUUGGCAGCCGAGCCUUCACAGCAUAACCGAAGAGUAA